AUACAUUUAUAAAGCAUUUCUAAGCCGGCAUCAGCAUUCUGGCGUGAUCUUUAUUUAGGAACUCGUUUUUGGUCUGAAUAGAAUUAUAAAUAAAGAUUUAUUUAAAAAAAAUCUCCAAACGGAAACGUCUACGUCAUCUAUGUUUUGGUCACGUGACCUCGGGUCAAACUUCGCGGGAAUCAACAUGGCGGCUGAGGACUCAGUGCGGUGCCCAGUUUGUUUUAGAGACUUCACAAACGAGGACAUUAACGGGCAUCUGGACGUGUGUCUGCUGGAGGGCGCGUCUGACGGAACCCCGUCCUCAACGGUCGAGAGCGGACCUCCCGACGCCAAGAAAUGCCGCACCGGAGCGGACCCUGUCAACACACCCCGCUCCUCCUCCUCCUCCAUGGCGGACUCGCAGUCGUCUUCCUCCGGGAUGUUUUCUCUGUUUCAGACCAAUAAGGGGAAACUAUCCGCUGGAGAACAGAGUGAAAGGGUUCCCAGUCAACAAAAAAGUCCCACCGCUUCUCCUUUCAGCAGGGGGCUGAAGCGUCCGCUGAGGGAGACGUCAGAGACUCCGCAGAGCCAGCAGCCGGAUGCUGGGGUUUCUAGAGCCCCGAAGGAGCCGCUGCUAACCCGGGCGAUGUUCGCAUCGAGCAAGCCUCUGGCGGAGGCGCUGAGACCGAACACCCUGGAGGAGUACUUCGGUCAGAGUAAAGCUGUAGGCCAGCAAACCCUCAUCCGCUCACUCCUGGAGUCGCAGGAGAUCCCGUCGGUCAUCCUGUGGGGUCCACCGGGAUGCGGGAAGACCACUUUAGCCCACAUAAUUGCCAGUGCCAGUAAGAAGAAAGGAACGGCUCGUUUUGUCACUCUGUCGGCCACCAGUACGUCCACCAGCGAAGUGCGGGAGGUGAUCAAACAGGCCCAGAACGAGCUCCGCCUCUGCAAGAGGAAGACCAUCCUCUUCAUUGAUGAAAUUCAUCGCUUUAACAAGUCCCAGCAGGACACAUUCCUUCCCCAUGUGGAGUGUGGGACGGUUACUCUCAUCGGAGCAACUACAGAAAACCCGUCCUUCCAGGUGAACGCAGCGCUGCUGAGCAGGUGCAGAGUGUUGGUUCUGGAGAAGCUGUCCGUGGAGGCCAUGAGCUCCAUCCUGAACAGGGCGAUCGCCAUGCUGGGGAUCAAGAUUCGAGGGCAAGAUUUCAAAAUCGUAAAGAAUCGAGACCAGACGAACGGAUCCGAGCCACAAGUGUACAUUGAACAAAAAGCUCUGGACACCAUCGCCUUCCUCUGCGAUGGUGAUGCUAGAAUAGGGCUGAACAGUCUGCAGCUGGCUGUACAGGCUCAGAUGAGUUUACAACAACAACGCGCUUCUCCUCAAGAGGUUCUAGUCACAGAGGAACACAUCAAGGAGGGUCUCCAGAGGUCCCAUAUUCUCUACGAUAAAGCUGGCGAGGAACAUUACAACUGUAUCUCCGCCCUACAUAAGUCCAUGAGGGGCUCCCACGAGAACGCCUCCCUCUACUGGUUGGGCCGCAUGCUGGAGGGCGGCGAGGACCCCCUCUAUGUGGCUCGCAGACUCGUGCGCUUCGCCAGCGAAGACGUGGGUUUGGCAGAUCCCUCCGCCCUCACUCAAGCCGUGUCCGCCUUCCAAGCCUGUCACUUCAUUGGGAUGCCUGAAUGUGAGGUGAUCUUAGCUCAGUGUGUGAUCUACCUAACACGAGCACCCAAGUCUGUGGAGAUCUACAAAGCUUAUAAUAACGUAAAAACGUGUUUGAGGACCCACAAGGGGCCCCUUCCCUCCGUCCCCCUGCACCUCCGCAAUGCCCCCACCAAACUGAUGAAACAGCUGGGCUACGCUAAGGGCUACAAGUACAACCCAGCGUUCAGCGCUCCGGUGGAGCAGGAGUACUUACCCGAGGAGCUCCGGGGAGUCGACUUCUUCUCCUGGAAACCCUCCGAUCCAUAAACAUGAACCAGGAUGCUGAAGGAAAAGUGCCUUUAGUUCUUCAUAAAUACUUACACAUUUACAGCCACUGAAGUUCACGUUAACGUCACAAUUUCACAUCUAAAACCGUUUGUAUUGAAGAACUUUGUCCUCUCAACUGUUUCUCCAGAUUAAAAUGUUCUGUCCUAAUUCUAUAAAUAGUUAUUUUUUACCUUUCACGAAUAUAAUUUAUAAUUUAUUGAUUGUUUACUUGAUUGGUUCUGAAAUCUGCUUUAUUUUCAAUUUAUGGCACAAGAUUAAAUCUUACUUUUUAAGGGGAAAAAAGCAUAAAAAAUUCCAAAGGGAUUUUCUACAUCCUGUAAAACAGUGAAGGAUGUGGAACGUUUUAAAAUCUAUUUUCACAGGAUUCCCUGUAAUCAUUUUACUAUGGAGUUUUUAGCCAAAA